CUCUCUCUCUCUCUCUCUCUCUCUCUCUCUCUCUCUGUCUGUCUCUCUCUCUCUCUCUAAACUCUGAAACUGCUGGUACAACUGAUUCUUUUCUUCUCGUAUGCUCUGAAAUCCAAGCUAUCAUCAUCGUCAGCGUUCACCUUCUUCGAUUCUUCCGGAAGGAGGUGAUGUCCAUGUCACAUAGUGAGUGAGAUAUAUAGCAGCCAGGGGUUAGAAAAUGGGGGCGUCAACUUCUAGAAUAGAAGAAGAUAAAGCCCUGCAGCUAUGUCGAGAUCGGAAAAUUAGGCAAGCACUUGAUGGCAGGUGCUCAUUGGCAGCAGCUCAUGUUACAUAUAUUCAGUCACUAAAAAACACAGGACUGGUUCUUGGGAAAUUUGCUGAGCCUGAGGCUCCAAUUGAAUCUUCAUUGUAUACUUCCACUAAUGCAACACCGGAGCCUCUUACUUUAACUGAGAAGGCACUUUCUCAAUUCUCAUUCUCUUCUCCGUCUGUGUCACAACGCGUGGAUGCAACAGAAACCUUUUCUCCUACACCUUCUCCUCCUAGCUCUAGUCGAAUUCACACAAACUAUAUGAAAUUUGGUGGCUUCACUUUCAAAAAGGUUGAAGAAAAACCAUCCAUACCCAUUGUUGGGACGGUGACCUCCUCGAGUACCCCGCAGAAUACCACACCACGAUCUGCUAGUAGACCUGAAAACUCACCAUUUGAAGAUUCUUCCCUCCCUUCUGGAACUCCACCAUGGGAUUUCUUUGGUCUUUUCCAUCCAAUUGACCACCAGUUUUCUUUCCAAGAUGGUAAGGGUGUAAACCAAGGGGGUGAGAGUUCUGAUGAUAUAAGACGUCUAAGAGAAGAGGAGGGAAUUCCAGAGCUGGAAGAUGACGAAGAGAAGGGUUCUGUUCAUGGAAAAGAAGGAUCUGAGGAUUCUGAAGAUGAAUUUGAUGAGCCAGCCACAGUUUCUCUGGUUCGAAGUUUUGAAAAUCGUAAUAGAGUACAUGAUCACAGUGAAGUUGAUACUUCAACUGCUGUGCCUUCUGCAGGAAUUGCAACUUCAGAAACUGAGUUAUUGAACGGCGAAAAAAGCCACUCUCCCGCCAUGCCUUCUGCAGGAAGUGUAGCUUCAGAGACUGAGUUAUUGAAUGGGGAGAAAAGUAACUCCCCUGAUUUAUCGCCAUUAAGGGCCACUGCAUCAGCAGUAUCAGUUGCAUCUGAAACAAAUAAAGCACAAGUAAAAGAGGGUUGCAUAGAAAACAAGGUUAUCCCCAAGGACUUCUUUUCAAGUAUAAAAGAUAUUGAGUUUCUAUUUAUAAAAGCUUCUGAAUCGGGUAAAGAAGUUCCAAGAAUGCUUGAAGCCAAUAAGUUGCACUUUCGUCCAAUAUUUCCAGGGAAACAAAGUGGUUCAACAGCAUCUACACUUCUGAAAGCUUGUUUGUCUUGCGGAGAAGAUCCAAGUCAGGUUCAAGAAGAAGAACCUGCUCAAACAAAUACUAAGUAUCUAACUUGGCAUAGGACAACAUCAUCUCGAUCAUCUUCAUCUAGGAAUCCUUUAGGAGCAAACUCAAAGGACGAUAUCGAGGAGUUAACUGGUAGUGUUUUUGAAAAUAUCUGCAUGAUCUCAGGAAGUCAUGCCUCAACGUUGGAUAGGUUAUAUGCAUGGGAGAGAAAACUCUACGAUGAAGUGAAGGCUAGUGAGAUUGUCAGAAGGGAGUAUGAUGCCAAGUGUAGGACUUUAAGGCAGCUAGAAUCAAAUGGGGAAAGUUCUCAGAAAAUUGAUAAAACUCGUGCUUGUGUCAAAGAUCUGCAUUCAAGAAUUAGAAUUGCUAUUCACAGAAUUGAUUCUAUAUCAAAGAGGAUUGAGGAAUUACGGGACAAAGAGCUUCAGCCACAACUUGAGGAGUUGAUUGAGGGGUUAAGUCGUAUGUGGGAGGUCAUGUUUGAAUGCCACAAGCUUCAGUUCCACAUCAUUUCUAUCGCAUUUAACAAUGGCAACACCAAAAUCUCCAUGCACUCAGAAUCACGUAGGCAGAUUACUGUCCGUCUUGAAAAUGAACUUCGCUCUCUUGCAUCAAGUUUCCUCAAGUGGAUUGGCGCUCAAAAGUCCUAUUUCCAGGCAUUAAAUGCCUGGCUCUUCAAAUGUGCCCCCAACAAUGAAAAGUCCUACAAGAGAAAAAGGAGACAACCAGCCCCAAAAUUGAGAAACUAUGGUCCUCCGAUAUAUGUGAUCUGUGAUGUCUGGUUGGAAAAGAUCAAUACAUUGCCUGUAAAAGACGUAGCGGAUUCCAUGAAGGAUUUAGCUGCUGAAACUGCCAGACUUUUACCACGUCAAGAAAAGAAAGAUAGUAAGGGUGCAACUCUUUCCAAUUUAACAUCUUGGACUGCCGAUAAUAACAGUGAAACAGCAGUUAAUGGACUGAGAGAUGAAGCUUCAGAAGACUUCAUUUCGAGGUUUGAUCAUUUCCGAUCACGCUUGGUGGCAUUUUUCGGAAAGUUGAAUAACUUUGCAGCGUCUUCUGUCGAGAUGCAUACCGAACUAGACAAGGCCAUCCAGGAUGCUAAGCGUACUUACGAAAGAUCGCAAUCCCAACCCCGAUCCCAAUCUCAAUCUCAAACUCAAGUUGUUUGAUUGGGGAAGACAAUCUUACACGUAGAAGUGGAAUGCCUUGGCAUCGUCACAUAACAAAUUCCAUGGAAAUUGUCGUCUGCAUGGCCAAGAAACACAAUAAAUCUCAGGUACAAGGUCAUUUGAGCAUUGCAUUUUGUGUAUUGAGAGAGGAAUAAAGGAAAUUGGUAUAAAGUUUUACGUUUAAGAAUCAACUGGAAAAUAAAGGAGUUGGCUUAAAGUAACUAAUUUGGGUUUGAUAAUGGGGUGGUAAUUGUAGUUUAAGGCUGUUAAUUACAGGGGCCUGGUGAGAAAAUGAAGAUUUGUAUGCAAAUUGAGGGAGGAACUUGUACAGUGUCUUUUCUUUUUUUUUUUUUUUUGGGUAAUCAUAGGAACUCAUAUAAAGGCCCACCCCCUCGUUCUUAUGUAAUUAUCAAUAAUUUAUAAUGCAUUUGCAAUAAUGUUUUGUUUA